AUGUUUCACACUCACACCAGCACAACCACAGCCUCGUCUUGUCCCCGCGCUGCUUCGCACCCUCGCCCACCGCCUCCACAGGCACAUUUACAGGCAAACUUUCCCGCGAUGGAGUCGAAGCGCGAUAAAGACCAGGAUGCCGACUGUGAGAAGAUAACCGCUGUGCUGCUCAAGGGACGUACGGGAGAAUUUGAUCUGGAGUCCAUACUCUUUCUCAAAUUGAGAGGUCUCGGAAUACAUGAUCUCGGAUGCAUUGGGGAGUGUGCAAAUUUGGAGAAACUGGACCUCUCUGGAAAUAAUAUCACAAAUUUGGCUUGUUUAACAUCGCUGCGGCUUCUUUCUGUGCUCAAUUUGUCUGCGAACAGGAUUUCUAAUUUAGAGCCCCUGCGCAGUUGUGACAGUUUACAGAACUUAAACGUGGCUGGGAAUAUCAUAUCCAGCAUUGAAAGCUUUCACUGCCUUCAGUCUUUGAGAAAGCUAGAAAAUAUACGUUUUAAAGACAACACUUACAAUUACACUAAUCCAGUGUGCAGGAACACAUCAUAUAGAACCAUAGUUCUGGAGAUGUUCUCCAACAUUAAGGUGCUGGAUGGUGAACGAGUGGUCGGACGUGGCAGUGAAUUGUACCAGUUAUGCAAAGACAUUGAUGACACCAUCAAAGCUGGUUUAUAUAAGAAUGGACAACUUGUUGAACGUCCUGAUUGCAAGCCAUGGGUGGAGGAUAGUUACUGGGAGAUAAAGCGAUCAAACAACGCCAUUAUUGAAGAAGCCUACAAACAGUUUAAUGAUGUUCUUCAUGAAUGCAGACUCCUCAACAACAGAGCCACACAUGUCAUUUCUCAAACUGAGAGAUCAAUGAGCUUGAAGAAGCAGCCAAAGCAGUAUGCCAUCUAAGUUGGGCUAACUUCAACGACCUUCCUUUGUAUGAUUUCCUAUGUCUAAUGUACUGUAGGCUUUUUAAAUUACUAAGCUAUAUCCAAAUGCUUGAUAAGUAUGUUUGCCAGAUUCACGUUCUCUGUGUUGCAGUGCAAGCAUUUGUUGAAACUUUAUCGCAUCCUAUGCAUUGGGUAGUGGACAAUACAUGCAAGUGUUUUAAAAGCCUUUAUCCAUACUGACACCCCUCAGUUUGGUUCAAAGAUGUCUUUACUUGCACGGUGUGCAUUUUGUACCAUGUUGUAGCCUGAAUUUAUGCUGAGAGCUAAUGCUGCUCAAGAAUUAAGAGCUCUUUUCCAUUUUACAUUGCUGGAUAAGUUUGGGAGUUAAUGUGUCCCAUGCUGUAUGCUUUCUUUGUAUGUUUAACUUUUGCAAAAAGUGAAUGAAUGAUUGUUCCAGCUGUUUCUACUUGUUUUAUACCAUAGACUUUAUUAUGUGUACGACCAACUUGUAGAAAAUACAGUGCUUAUAAAGGUGUUAAUGUGUA